AUUCACUCUAAUUAAUAUGUCCGAUAUCAAGACUGCCGGUUUCAAGAGCUCCGAAGUUUUCGCUUCCCUCAAGGAGGCCUUUGAUGGCCAGACCGCCGAUGCCAAGGCUAAGCUCAUCAAGCAGGUCAACGGUAUCUUUGAGUUUGUCAUCAAGAAUUCCGAGGGUAAGACCGAAACCUUUACCAUUGACCUCAAGAAGGCUGGUUCGGUCCAGAAGGGUAAGGGUGCCGCAAAGCCCGAUGCCACCCUCUCUCUCAAUGAUGCUGAUUUCCUCGAUUUGGCCAGCGGCAAGCUUAACGGUCAGAAGGCAUUUAUGAGCGGCAAGCUAAAGAUCAAGGGCCAGAUGAUGUUGGCUACCAAGUUGGACACCGUCUUCAAGCAGCUCGGUGGUGCCAAGUCCAAGUUGUAAAUACCCUCUUCACCUUAUACAUAACAACAAAUAAAAAAUAUAUAUUGCCCUUAAU